AUGGCGGUGGCAGAUGUGAAGUUAAAUUCACCAACUCAAACAAACAGUCAAAGUGUUGUUGUCAAUGUCAAAGACAGAGAUGUUGAAGUGGGGAAACCAUACGAAGACGAAGAUGGUAUAACAAUAGUUCCUGUAAAAGAACAACCAACAUACCCUGAAGUUAGCAGAGACUUAAGUUCUGUUGCAGAUAUUCGAAACGACUACCAACAACUUAAAGACAAACUUAAAACUCAGGAGAAGAUUUGUCAAGCUUUGGGUAUAAUGUUAAACUUGGUCGAACACAACCCUGUAAAAGUGAACUCAUAUGUCAUUGCACCUCAUGAAGUUUUGAAAGAACUAUUGAAACUUUUGACAGAGGCAGACGAUAUAAACAUCAAAGAAAUAGAACCCGACGUUAGUUGCUGUGGUGUUUCAUAUAAUGUCAUUGACAAGAUAUACGUUAUGAAAGGGGGUGAAACGUUGAACUUAAAAUAUAGUUUCCCAGACGUUAUAAAAAUAUUUGACGACCACAAACAUUUCAUUAAAGUUUAUUUGCUAA